ACGGCCACGCAGACACAAGGCAAGAUAGCAGCCAGGGCGACCGAGGAAGAUGAAGCCGGGCCGACGUCAUGUGGAGAGGCAGGCAGCUUUACGCUUAGUUUUGAUGAUUCGACUGUAUCUGGUGAAGACGGCGACAGGCUCCUAGUCAGCGGCAUGAGAAACCCAUACCACCAUCUCUUCUACGCCAAUGGAUUCGCUUACCUUCCCGACAAGUGGGAGCCAUACGCAGCACGUUCGCAGCCCAACGUGGCCGUGUUUCUGCCGCUUGGUAGCAGCUUGCUACCCAACUCUCCGUUUGCAGGAACGAUGCUCCCAGGCGAAUUGGGUGCAGGUCCUCGAGCUUCGGUGGACGCGUACUGGUUCAACGCUCGGUCUGGAUACUUUGGGUGUGCGCUGAACGGCAUCACGCCUUGCACGCUCCGGAUCUCAGGGUACCGGUUCGACGAGGGACUGCAGGGCGAGGUGCUGGUGGCAGAACAGAAUGUGACGAUCCCGCCGUGCUGGGGCUACAUCGACUGCCAGCUCUCGCGAGUUGUGUUCAAGGAGCAAUUCCAAGGGCUGUCUGGGAUCCAGUUCAAUGCGUUCACGUACAACCUGGGGAUAGCACAGAUGUUCAUGAUGGACGACCUGACGAUGGACUGGUACAACAACUCGUGCUCUGCGGGCAUCCUUCGCAUCGGGCACAGUUAG